CAGCAGGGAGCUGGGCAGCUCCUUCUCCGACACUGGGGACCCUCCACCUCUCUUCAGAUGGAAAUGACAUGACCUCAGGAUAGACUCCAGAACUGAGGCCCCAGAAUGACAGAACCCGAAACCCUGACCCUGCUGGAAGUGAAGAGGCCUGAGGCCCCUGAGAAGAGCCCACCCCAGACCUUGGUCCCCAAUGGCCGGCAGCCAGAAGGGGAAGGUGGGGCUGAGUUGCCUGGUGCUGAGUCCUCUAGAGUGGGGUCUUCAGCUGGAUCUCCCACAGCAGAAGAGGGGACUGAAGAUGGCCUAGACAGCACAGUAAGCGAGGCUGCCACCUUGCCCUGGGGGGCUGGCCCUCAGCCCAGUGCCCUGUUUCCAGAUCCCCCUGGCUGGCGGGACAUUGAGCCCGAGCCCCUUGAAUCAGAGCCACUCAGCAAACUAGAGGAGUUGCCUGAAGAUGAUGCCAACCUGUUGCCUGAGAAGGCGGCCCGGGCCUUCGUGCCCAUUGACCUACAGUGCAUUGAGCGAAGGCCCCAGGAGGAACUUGCUGUACGCUGUGAGGUGGGCGAGGGCGAGCGCCGCCGAACCUUCCUGCCCACCCGAACCACCCAACCUGAGCCCUCUGAGCGCAAGUGGGUCGAGGCUGUGGCAAGGCCCAGCCACUCCUGUGGGAGCUGCAGGAGCUGUGGAGGUCACGAGGGGUUGAAGGCCGUGGCCUCUGUGGGAGCCGCUCUUGUCCUCUUCCCUUGCCUGCUGUAUGGGGCAUACACCUUCCUGCCCUUCGAUGCCCCUCGGCUACCCACCAUGAGUUCCCGCCUUGUCUACACGCUGCGCUGCGGAGUCUUUGCCACCUUCCCCAUCGUGCUGGGGCUCCUGGUGUAUGGGCUGAGUCUGUUGUGCUUUUCUGCUCUGCGACCCUUUGGGGAGCCACGGCGGGAGGUGGAGAUCCAUCGGCAGUAUGUGGCCCAGUCAGUCCAGCUGUUCAUCCUCUACUUCUUCAACCUGGCUGUGCUUUCCACCUACCUGCCCCAAGAUACCCUCAAGCUGCUCCCUCUGCUCACUGGCCUCUUUGCGGUCUCCAGGUUGAUAUACUGGCUGACCUUUGCUGUGGGCCGCUCAUUUCGAGGCUUUGGCUAUGGCCUGACAUUCCUGCCCCUGCUGUCCAUGCUAGUGUGGAACCUCUACUACAUGUUCGUGGUGGAGCCGGAGCGCAUGUUCACUGCCACGGAGAGCCGCCUGGACUACCCUGACUACGCCCGCUCAGACUACAGGUCCCGCCCCUGGGGCUGAGCC